AUGGCCAGCCACAGCCAGAGCCCAAGCGUGAGCUGUGUGAUGCUGUGUGGACAUGUGUUGGAGGAAGUCAGGAAGUCCGGCACUCGGAAAGAGCAUCCCGUGCACUCGCUCAGGUUUGUGCUCGUCCAUGCUCCGAAGCCGCAGGCGGAGACAGCCCUGAUCUGGGCGCUGUCCCUUGCAGACGUCCUGAAGCUUGUUGACCCUUGCUACACAGGCGCGGUCGGCAGAUGCAGUUCGGCGGACGCUGAUCGGGUGCGCCGACUCCCCGCUCCGCUGGGAUGUGAAACUGUUGAGCCUGAAGCUCUGGGCAUCUCUGGGCCCACUUGCCGUGAAAAAACAACUGUCGAAGUCGAGAAGGGCCCUUGA